AUGCCUGUGAAGCUCUGCACCGAAGUCGGCUUCAAAGGCGACAAGAAAAAGUUCAGUGGGGCUGUCGACAAUCUCGCGAAGAGGCAAUUCUAUGGACAAGUCAAAUCUGUUAUGAUUGAUGGCAAUAGACCUUGGGUCUUCUGCGCCGACUUUGAUUUCCGUGGAAAGGCGGCUUUGAUUGAGCCUGGAGAGCAUGCUGAUAUUUCCUCGAUCUGCAACUUCAAAGUCAAGUCGAUGUGCGAGCUGAUAGAUACCGACCGAGAAAAGCAAGGAAAGCUUGAAAUCGUCGUUGAAGAUGCCGAAAUGAGCGUCACUGUGCAAAUCGUUACCACAACAACUGAUUCCACCGCAGAAUUUGUCUUUCAAAAGAGACCCAAGCCUGAGCAAACUGAGCAGCCUCAGGACUACAAGGUGAAAGCGAGAUUAGAAGUGACCGGUGGAACUUGGCUACUUUUCUCCGAGCAAGGCUGGAAAGGCGACCUAGCUGUAGUGACUACUUCUAACAACGGACGGCGAAUGAGUUUUGGUCAGCUGGCGACCGUUCGUUCCGCCAAAAAAACUCUCCUUCCUCGAUUAAAAUCAUCAUCAGCAUAUCAUAUCGGGCCGGGUUGA